GUUGGACUUGUAUAGAAAACUAUUUACCAGAUCACUACUUCUAUUUUGCAUAUCGAGUGCAUUUGUCUAUGUUAUUAUUUAGGAACGAUUUUACUUAACACAUUUUAAAUCCUGCAGCUUGUGUUGAACAAAAUGACAAUAAUUUUCAAAAUAGUAUUUAUCUUAUUCAUUAUAAUAUUUCUAAAAACAGACGCGAUCAAAUAUCCGAACGAUUUCACUCCCACUCUGUUGUCAGGAGAGUGCAAAACAAAAUUCGAUUUUAUUGUUAUUGGCGCUGGUAGUGCCGGUGCAAUAAUUGCUGCUCGUUUGAGUGAAGUCGCUGAUUGGAAUAUUUUACUAUUGGAAGCAGGCGGUGAUCCUCCAGAUUCAUCGGAAAUUCCACUCAAAUGGAGUUUGGCAUUAAAUACAGAGUACGAUUGGAAAUUUUUAAGUGAACAGGAAGAUAAUUUAUUCAAAGGUUUAGACGGGGAAAGAUGUCACGUGCCCAGGGGAUGUAUGUUAGGUGGCAGUUCGUCUAUGAACGUAAUGUUGCAAAUUCGUGGAACAAAGUUUGAUUUUGACGAAUGGGAAAAAGCAGGGUGCACUGGUUGGGGUUUCGAUUCCGUUUUGCCUUAUUUCAUAAAAUCUGAAAAUUUUACCGACUCGACUAGGUUCGACUCAAAGAUUCAUGGGAACAGUGGGCCUCUCACAGUGAGUCCCUUUGAAUCUCCAGAUCCUGCCAUAAAAACGAUAUCACAAGCGGCAGAUUUGAUGGGCUUGACCAACGUGAAAGAUUUGAACAAAAAAGAACGUACGGUUGGAUACGCGAUGUCAGACAGCACGACUAGGAAUGGACUGCGGUGCUGUACGUUGAAAGCCUUUUUAAUGCCCAAUAGUGGACGGCCAAAUUUGUUCGUUGCCAAAUAUAUUCGAGUCACCAGAAUUCUGAUCGAGGACAAAAGUGCGGUUGGCGUAGAGUUUGUAACAAAAACAGGAGAGUUCAAGACCGUCAACUGUACGCUUGAAGUUAUACUAUCCGCUGGCGUGGUGAUGAGUCCUCAAUUACUUAUGAUAUCCGGAAUAGGGCCAGCAGCUCACUUGAAGGAGAUGGGUGUUAACUUGGUGGCUGAUCUUCCCGUCGGCAAAAACUAUCAGGACCACGUUGCCUAUUUCGGGUUAGUUCUUAGUGACCGUAAGGAUAGACCAAUCGAAGAUAUUGCGGCGGAAAGUCAAAAGCUUAGAAAGGAAACAUUUGAUUUAAUCACCAAAGGUGUUAGCACUAUGGGACUGACAGGACUUCUUAGUUUUGUCGAUACCAAACGCGCGUCCGGAAACCCCGAUAUCGAAAUUAUGAAAAUCAGAUACUCGUGCAACACAACCCAACAAAUGAACACGUUCAAGAACAUGUUUGGAUUUUCUGACGAGAUGGCAAAAGUGUACAACGAGUUGAACACGCACAGUGAUAUAAUACUGAUGAUACCGAUUAGUAACAUCAUAACCAAAACCGGGCAAGUUUUACUGAGAUCGAAGGAUCCUCUAGCGAGCCCGAAAAUAAUCUCAAACUAUUUGUCGGACCAGCAAGAAAUCGAUACGAUGAUCAAGGGUAUUGAAUUCGUGGUUGAAAUGUGCAAGAAGAAACCAAUGACUGACGCAGGAUACGCUUUUGAAGAGAUUGUUUUCCCGAAUUGCGAGGCUAAGUGGGGCACUGAAGACUACUGGAAGUGUGGUAUUAAAAAUCUGGCCACCUCAAUUUUCCAUUCGGUUGGUACCAACAAGAUGGGUGCGAUCGGUGACAAGACUUCAGUGGUCGACCCUAGCUUAAAAGUGAUUGGUGUUGACAGAAUUAGAGUGAUUGACUGUUCUGCGAUGCCAUUAUUAGUGACUUGCAACACUAAUGCCGCCACAAUGAUGAUUGGUGAAAAAGGAGCGGAUAUAAUCAAAACCCAUUAUGGAAAAUGAGGUUAUAACUUUAUAUUUUUGUCACCUUUUAUUAUGAGUGUUUCGGGUAUAUUAAUUUAUCUUAAUCAUUUUAAAAAUGAAUAUAAAAUAUUCUUUUUAUCCUA